AAAUAAAGGAUUGUGCUAGAGAAAGAGUUGAAUUAACUGUUAAGCUAUUUAGAAUAGGGUUCAAAGAAAAUAAGUCAUGCUUAUAAUGUACAAUACUAGAGUAUAGAAUUUUGAGAUAAAGAAGAAAAAAAUUAAAAAGCAAUUGGAAAAAGAGAGUUUAGAAAUAGUAAAGAAUUAGCAAUAUUGCAUUGAUUAAUAACGAGUCUAUAAAGAGAGAGCCAAUUUGAUUGAUAAAUUGAAUGAUUAAUUAAAGGAAGAUUAGUCAUGUUAAAAAAAAGAGUGAGUG